AUGCUCUCUUCCACCUAUACCACUGAUGUGUUGGCAAUUUGGGGCUGCGCUUCAGCUCUUCUGAUUGCCUACAUCGUGCUUGCUGUUAAAGCUCGGCAAACGAGGCGAGCUGCCACGGCAUCACUUUUGCUAGUCUCACUUAUACCUUUUAUCGUUGUACUUGCCAUUCACCCGGGCUCUACCCUUUGGUAUCGGUUCUGUCGAGUAGUAAUCAUGCUCUUGCUCGCCAUCCUACAGAUUUUAGCCGCCUAUGUAUUUGCAACCUUUUGGCAGAAAUGCUGUGCGGCGCUCGCUGGUUGCCUGGAGCUGGCCUGGGUUGUGGCUGGAACUGUGCUCUUGCAGACACAAUGGCCAAUGGUGCUGCUCGUCUUUGGUCAUUCUCUGUUCUGCUUUGCAGUGGCUCAGGACUUCAAAAAUUUGCGGCACUCGCGCGAGACGACCAAAUUAAUCAAGUUUUUAUACGGGGCUUCGAUUUGUUUAUCGGCCAUCGCGGCAAUAUGGGCGUUCGUCAUGUUCGUUCUUGCACUGCGCCACAAGGCUAUCGACCAUCCCGUUGUCACUCUAUACGUGCUGACGAUACUCAAACUUGUACCGAUCAUGAUCCUGGACCACAUCAAAGACCGCACUAGAGAGUCGAUUCCAUCUGAAAGCCCCUCGUCUCCUCAAGACCAGAGCCAUCGCUCGGUCAACCCGCCGAUACUCCUUGAUAAUAUCAGCGAAGACGGAGCCAAAGAGCCGAUUCCCUCUGAAAGCUGCAAAUCUGCUCGGGGCCAGGACGUCAGCCGCUUCUCAUACGAUUUAACCGGGCGCGGACAGCUCUUAGAGCCCAUUAUCAAAGGGAUUGAAAGGCGGCGGCAGCAGCUGCUCGAGAGAUUUGUUUAG